CGUCCUCCUCGGGCGCUUGUCCCAACACUAAUCCUCCGCGUUGUGACCGGGACGAUUUGUUCAAGUGCGCAUCUUCAAUGCUCAUGCAAGCCAGCAGAACAACAUUACUGUCGCCGACCUGCGGCUUAAGAUCUCUGACCGACUCACGAUGCAAGACAUUAGCGUCAUGUUCACGGAAUAUCAGCCAUUUUCAUGCGAACCCUGUCCUGUCCGCUUACGGUUCUGUGCCCUCGUUCGGCAUCCGCGCAUCCCGACCCGUGGACUACUGGAAGCGUGGCUUAACCUCUUCUCAAAUUUCUGUGGAGACUCUACUACCGUCUAGCCAUCCAUUAGAAGUAAGCCUAUCAGGCGAGCACGCCGAUUCUCCCUCGAGGAGUACAACGACAAGGCCAAAUGAAGAAAGGCCAAGAGAGAUACCCAAGAAAAAGCUAGCACUGCUGUAUGCCCGCGGAUUUCCUCUGUACAUGCUUCCGCAAGACGUUCAGACGAAGUUCGAACACUUGGGACCGGUCAAGCAUAUGUGGAUGGAGCGUACCGCUGCAGGCGAGCUCACAGGGGAUGCGACAAUAAUGUACGAAAAUCCCACACAAGUCGAGCGGAUCAUGCGUCUCCAGAGCCUGGUGCCCAUAGUUGUAGAGGGGAACGUCAUUAAAGCAUCGUAUUGCUGGGGUUUAAACAAGCCCGUCGGGAAUGAAUGGCUUCUUGUGUACAAUCUGCCCGAAGGGGUGUUGGAAGAGGAGGUAAAGGAAGCUUUGAAGGCUGAGGCAGUCCGUUUUAGUGACCAGAUCACCUGAUGGCUCAAUCUUUUUCGCAAGCGCACGCUUCGAGUCCAAAGAGCGGGCUGAUGAGGCAUUCGAGAAGUACACGCGCGAGCCCAUCAUUAUGUCCGACAAGAAGCUCCGUGUGGUGCAGAAUGGCGUGCGUGAAGAGAACUACCCCAUCGACCGCUGGAUGGUUGUGUCCUGCCUUCCGAAGUCGGCGAACGUGGAGAGCGUGCGUGGGCUGUUCCCGCAGGCCUUGCAAGU